UUCAAGGUGACGUUAGCUACUAUUGUUAAUAUUUUUUUCUCCUAUAUACGAUCUUGUUCAGAGUCCUUUGUUUGUUGAAUUUUUGUAGUGUACCUUCAGGAUGUAUCACUACACUUCAUCUCAUAUGACCCAGGACAAAGAAGUUUCUAGGUGGCGCUCAAAAUGCUGAAACUAGUUGUUCAGUAGACUAACUGCUUUUAUUCUCGUGAUGAGAGCAGUAAAUUACAGUAUAGUUGAUUGUUUUUUCGGACAGUACUAAGUGAAUUUCAACACUCACUCUAAGUUCUUGAUCCUCUUUUAUUGGGAUAAACAAUCACCUAGAAAGAUGCGCAAGAUCUAGAUGCUCUCAGGCCAAAGUCCGACGGUCCGGCGGAACGAUAUGCUUCAUCGGGACGAUUAUAGCUCCCGGUGCCAUGCUGCAGUUUCUGUUAGCAUUGCCAAUGUUGACUGGCGCCACAGUUCGGUGUAGCUCGGUUCUAGCUCAACAGCAUAGCCAAGUGCUAAGAUUUCGCCUGUGUGCUUCAUCCGUCCGGCGGCCAGUUCACACUUCCCUAGUUUUCUACAAACUCGAAACCAACUGGGGUUCGAAAAAGGUGCGCGAACGAAAACUGCAAUCACUUCGAAAUAUCAUGGACCCCACACUCGAAGAGAUUUUGGCGCCUCUGCGAAUCUCCGUUAAGGAACAGGGUGAUCUCGUUCGGAAGCUGAAAGAAACAAGCGCUCCGGAAUUGGAUAUCAAAAAGGCCAUUGCGGAACUGAAAGCUCGGAAGAAAGUUUUAGAGGAUAAAGAACUCUCGCUGUGUCCUGCUGAUGCGAUGUUCGACCGCACGCGCAUGGAGGACCUUCUCAAAAGGCGCUUUUUUUACGACCAGUCGUUCGCUAUCUAUGGAGGUAUUACUGGACAAUUCGACUUCGGGCCGAUGGGCUGUGCAACCAAGACUAACUUCCUACAGGCUUGGAGGCGCCAUUUUGUCCUUGAGGAGGGUAUGCUGGAGGUUGACUGUACUAUACUCACACCCGAGCCUGUUCUGAAAGCUUCCGGCCAUGUAGACCGAUUUGCUGACCUUAUGGUUAAGGACGUAAAGAACGGAGAGUGUUUUCGACUUGAUCAUCUCAUCAAGGCUCACUUAGAAAAGUUAUCGACCGAUAAGAAGACCUCUGCCGAACAGAGAGCAGAGUAUGAAGACAUCAUUAUCAAGCUAGACGGAAUGAAAAAGGAUGAGAUGAACGCUGUCCUUCGUAGAUUUAACAUGAAGUCACCUAUUACCGGAAACGAUCUAACGGAUGCCAUAGAAUUUAAUCUAAUGUUUAGUACGCAAAUUGGCCCCUCUGGUCUCAUCAAGGGUUUUCUUCGACCAGAAACUGCUCAGGGUAUCUUCGUGAAUUUUAAGCGAUUGCUUGAAUUUAACCAAGGCAAAUUGCCGUUCGCUGCCGCGCAGGUCGGCUCGGCGUUUCGAAAUGAGAUUUCACCUAGGUCAGGUCUGAUCCGUGUUCGUGAGUUUCAGAUGGCUGAGAUUGAGCAUUUCACGGACCCCACUGACAAGGCCCAUCCAAAGUUUGUGAGUGUCAAAGACCUGGAGCUCGUUCUCUAUGCGGCCUGUGAUCAAAUGGACGGCAAGGCUGCGCAGCCUGUUCGAUUAGGUGACGCUGUGGCGAAAAAGUUGAUUGCGAACGAAACUCUGGCCUAUUUUCUAGGCCGUAUUCAUCUAUUUCUCGUCAAAGUGGGAAUCGAUCCUGCACGGCUCAGAUUCCGUCAGCAUAUGGCGAACGAGAUGGCCCAUUACGCCUGUGACUGUUGGGAUGCCGAAAUCAAAACUUCAUACGGCUGGGUGGAGUGCGUGGGGUGCGCUGAUCGGUCAUGCUUCGACCUUCAGCAACAUAGCAAAGCAACAAAUGUGCGUUUAGUGUCAGAGAAACUGCUACCCACGCCAAAGACCGUUGAUUUAAUCGAAGUGCUUCCACAGAAGGCCGUCCUAGGCAAGGAAUUCAAGAAAGAGGCUAAGGCUAUCAUGGAUACUUUGGCAACAUUGCCAGAGUCACAGAUCGCCGACAUUGAGAAGGCGUUUGAAAACGGUGGUACGUUCUCGCUUACAUACGCAUCUGGUAAACAGGUCGAACUAAGGAAAGACAUGAUACAAGUUAAACGUGGCAAAAAGACGGUUCACGUCGAAGAGGUGAUACCAGCUGUAAUCGAGCCCUCAUUUGGGAUUGGGCGAAUCCUAUACUCACUUUUUGAGCACAAUUUCCGAAUACGUGAGGGUGACGAGCAGCGAACAUUCUUAUCGUUACCACCAAUUGUCGCUCCCCUAAAAUGCUCCGUUCUUCCGUUGUCGGGAAAUGCUGAGUUCGCUCCUUUAGUGUCACGCCUGUCGGAUGAUUUACGGCUCUGUGACAUCUCUCACAAGGUAGAUGACAGCGGAGGCUCCAUUGGCAAAAGGUACGCCCGUACCGACGAAAUCGCGAUUCCGUUCGGCAUUACCGUCGAUUUUGAUUCACUGAAAGAGCCCCAUACAGUGACGUUACGGGAAAGGGAUUCCAUGCAGCAGGUGCGGUGCCCUAUCGAUGGAGUUGCUAAACUUGUCAGGGACCUUAGCCUCGGCAAGAAAACAUGGACAGCUGAUGUCGUGCCGAACUAUCCAAAGUUCGAACAACAGGAGACCACUUUGGCCCCCCAGUGUUAACUAACGAAACAGCUCCAGGAAGCUUUAGUGAAAUGCUUACGAUGAUUUUGCAAAACUUGCGCUUCGCUUCAUUCAUACACCACGAGAAGUAUUAACUUAGACUAUUGUCCCAGUUAAGUUCAAAUAUGGUGCAAACUCUAAGGAUUUCGAUGAUUCAGUUCAGAGGGCGGGGUCGUACGCUUGAUUCUGAAUAGCUGAAUCUAAAGGUUUGGGUGCACUACACUGGAUCUGAUUAAGCUAAGCACUUACAUAAUUCAUUACUUCUCUACUUACAAAGAGGUGCUAUGCUGUGGACGGAAGCUUGACAAGUAUUUAGGGAACGGUUUGAUGAAUGGAUAUCAUGGAAAUGAAUGAAACUACAUACAUAUGUAAACUGAUAUUAGCGCGACAAGGUCGCUAUCGCCGCCAGUUCAGACGCCGGACAAUGCAUCGAUUGUGCGAAAACUUAUCGAGAAAGCUUAUUCUGGUUGUGGUGUCAGAGUGACUGUAACCUCUCUAAGUUACAAUCGCUCUGUAACUUUUGUCAUGGCUUUUUCUUUGCUGCUACAACAGGAAUUAUAUCCGACGCGUCUGCGAGUGGUAAAAAGGAGAACCUGUGUAACAAACAGUACAAAUGGCAGAUGAAUGAACCAAAAAAAUAGAUGUAUCGAAAGCUUUCCGUGAACGCCGUUAAAUUACACUUAAAGUAAAUAAAAAAAAAAGUAGAAGUUGCAGACUAACAUUACAAAACUGCUCGUGAUUUUUUCAAGCAUAUUUAUAUUUGGAAAACUGAUUAAGUGAUGUUUGCAUUGAUUAAUAAACAUUUACUUGUAGUUCGAAAGUUAACGUAAGCUUCGAAAUUAAGGUAAAUUAGCAAGACGUCUUGUUUCAACUUGUAUCUGUUCAGGUGAAUGUUUGUCCAUGUGCACUUACCACAACAGACAGAGGGGUGUGAAUAUUAUACAUUUGUGAUUGAUUACUACAUGAACUAUCAUAAUAUAGCAUGAAGUUUUUUCCAUUCCUUUUUUUUGCGUAAAUCACGAUUAUUUGCAGUGUAUUUUGCGUCCAAGGGUUUUUACCGUACAUUGUUUACGAAUGUAUUUU